UUGUACGACUUCUGCGCUCCAUAUGCUUUAACACAAGUUUGAAUUUUUGCUGUAUUUGUACUCUCUCCAAUUCCUCAUGAGUCAGAAAAAUUAAAAAGCUAUAUCCUUCUGGAUGCCAGGAAAGGCCUUACCACGAUCCUUUUGUCAAAAAAAAAAAAAAAGAAAAAGCGAGGGAGAGAAAAGCCACAGUAGAAGGCUGUCCCAAUUUGAGAGCCUCUGAUGUCAUCAACCACAUGAUUCUGCCUCUCCACUAACGUAGCUUGCAAAAAAAAAGUAGUUUUAAAGGUUUUGCUUUUUUGGAUUGUGUGAAUGCUUCAUUCGCCUCACAAACAACCACAGAACCACAAGUGCGGUGCAAACUUUCUCCGGGAGGACAGCGCGGAGCCUCUGGUUUUUAAAUGGUUAAUCUUCGCAGGUCGCUACCAGCCUUCAAGACCACCAUUGUCAUCUGAGGCAUCCAGGGAUAUUUUCUGCCGGGACGUACAAAAUAAAAAAAGAAAAGAAAAAAAAGCUCUCGAGGGGCCACCGGACAAGAUUACGCUACGGUGGACUAUGGCGUCAAACAGCCUCUUCAGCUCGGUGACACCAUGUCAGCAAAACUACUUUUGGGAUCCCAGCACCAGCCGGAGGUUCAGCCCGCCCUCCAGCAGCCUGCAGCCCGGCAAGAUGAGCGAUGUGAGCCCGGUGAGCGGCCCCCAGCAGCCCCCGCCCCAGCAGCAGGAGGCGGCCGUACCCAGGCUGCGGGCGCAGGACAACCGCACCAUGGUGGAGAUCAUUGCCGACCACCCGGCAGAGCUGGUCCGAACCGACAGCCCCAACUUCCUGUGCUCAGUGCUGCCCUCCCACUGGAGGUGCAACAAGACCCUGCCAGUGGCCUUCAAGGUGGUUGCCCUCGGAGAAGUGCCGGACGGUUCUGUGGUCACAGUCAUGGCUGGGAACGACGAAAACUAUUCGGCAGAACUGAGAAACGCUUCCGCAGUCAUGAAAAACCAAGUGGCGAGGUUUAACGAUCUGAGAUUUGUGGGAAGAAGUGGAAGAGGAAAAAGCUUCACUUUGACAAUAACGGUGUUCACGAACCCACCCCAAGUAGCCACGUACCACAGAGCUAUAAAGGUGACGGUGGAUGGACCCAGAGAGCCACGACGACACAGACAGAAGCUUGAUGACUCUAAGCCUAGUUUGUACUCUGAACGGCUCAGUGAUUUAGGGCGAUUACCUCAUCCCAGUAUGAGAGUGGGGGUCCCAACUCAGAGUCCUCGCCCCACCAUGAAUUCUGCACCAAGUCCUUUUAAUCCACAAGGACAGAGUCAGAUCGCAGACCCGAGGCAAACACAGUCAUCACCUCCAUGGUCCUAUGAUCAAUCAUAUCCAUCCUACUUGAGUCAGAUGACAUCUCCAUCGAUUCAUUCCACCACUCCAUUGUCCUCCAGCAGAGGUACAGGGCUUCCAGCCAUCACCGACGUCCCCAGACGCCUUCCAGGUGCGUCAGAGUUGGGCCCAUUUUCUGACCCAAGGCAGUUUACUAGUAUUUCGUCCUUAACGGAGAGCCGCUUUUCCAACCCGCGUAUGCACUACCCGGCGACAUUUACAUACACCCCUCCGGUCACCUCAGGGAUGUCCUUGGGUAUGUCUGCGACCACUCAUUAUCAUACCUACCUACCGCCACCCUACCCAGGAUCCACCCAGAACCAAAGUGGACCCUUCCAAACCAGCAGCACUCCCUACCUUUACUAUGGUACAUCUUCUGGAUCAUACCAGUUCCCCAUGGUUCCCGGGGGCGAUCGAUCUCCUUCCAGGAUGCUUCCACCAUGCACCACCUCCAACGGUGGCACGUUGCUCAGCCCCAACUUGGGCAACCAGAAUGAUGGCGUGGAUGCGGAUGGAAGCCAUAGCAGUUCUCCUACUGUGUUGAAUUCCAGCGGUCGAAUGGAUGAGUCUGUUUGGAGGCCUUAUUGAGUAUGUUGUUUCCUUUGCCCAGAAAAGUACUCAAAACAGUAGCAUUGAAGUGCCUUUAAAAAAAUGCCAUUAUUCUAUGCAGUGUCAAGUUUGAGCUCAACUCACAAAGACACUUAAGAACAUGACGCAAUAGAACUUUAUCAGCUAUACUUUUGCCUAUACAUUACGAAUAAGUUUGAUAAAAGCACAGAUGGCCUUAACUUCGUGCCUUUUUUUAAUGUAAUAUUUAUAUUGAACUUAACCAUUCCAGAAAAAUAUUUUACUUUGUUUCUCGUUGAAGCGGUUUGUCAAAUAUUUGAGUGACUUCGAAAAAAGAAAGGGAUAAUAAGGACAAUAAGUAAAGGACAACGUUUCGUGUCCAGAGCUGCCACUUCCUGCCUCUCUAAAGAUUAAAGGGAAAAAAAACUGGAUUAUUAAGACUGAUUUCCAGUAGUUUACUGCACAAAAAGCUUUCCUUUGAUGACCAAAUCUAUGCGGUACAAUCGCGGCCUCAAUGCCAGAUCGGUAUGAUACCAAGUACAAGCUCAGUGAUGUGCACUUACACAGAAUUAUUAUUAUUUUUUUUUUUUUAUUAUUUGCUUUUGUGUCAAAGCAACAAAUACACAAUAAUAAUGCGGAAAAAAAUAUUUUGCAAAGCAAAAAAAAAAGUUGCAAUAUUAGCUAUACAAGUAUGAAUAUUAUGCUGUGUUGUUCGCCUGUUUUAAUUUUUAAAUUAUAGAUAUGUAUAAAAUUGGAGGAUUUUUUUUUUUUUUUGCUAAGGUUGAUCAGCCUUUUUUUUUUUCAUUUUAAUUUAUAAUUAUUUAAUGUUAUUUGGACCCGCAGGUUUUUUUUAUUUUUUAUAAUGUGCUGCAAGGUCCCUAAACAUGUAUAUUUUUUAUGUCACACCGCCU